AUUUGCGGCUGCGCUUUCUCGCCCCUGAAACGAUCUUGACGAGGGAAAAAUGCUUUCUGAAAGCAGUUCAUUUCUGAAGGGUGUGAUGCUCGGAAGCAUUUUCUGUGCCUUGAUUACUAUGCUAGGACACAUUAGAGUUGGUCGUGGAAACAGAAUGCACCACCAUAUGCACCAUCACCUGCAAGCGCCUAAUAAAGAAGAUAUCUCGAGAAUUUCAGAGGAUGAACGCAUGGAGCUCAGUAAGAGCUUCCGGGUAUACUGCAUCAUCCUUGUAAAACCCAAAGAUGUGAGUCUUUGGGCUGCAGUGAAGGAGACGUGGACCAAACACUGUGAUAAAGCAGAGUUCUUCAGUUCUGAGAAUGUUAAAGUGUUUGAGUCAAUUAACAUGGAAACGAAUGACAUGUGGUUAAUGAUGAGAAAAGCUUACAAGUAUGCCUUUGAUAAAUACAGAGACCAAUACAACUGGUACUUCCUGGCCUGCCCCUCUACGUUUGCUAUUAUUGAAAACUUAAAGUACUUUUUGCUCAAAAAGGAUCCAUCACAACCCUUUUAUCUAGGCCACACGAUAAAAUCUGGAGAACUCGAAUAUGUGAGUGUGGAAGGAGGAAUUGUCUUAAGUAUAGAAUCCAUGAAAAGACUGAACAGCCUUCUCAGUAACCCUGAAACUUGUCCUGAGCAGGGAGGAAUGAUCUGGAAGAUCUCUGAAGAUAAACAGCUGGCAGUCUGCCUGAAAUAUGCUGGAGUAUUUGCAGAAAAUGCUGAAGAUUCCGAAGGAAAAGACGUGUUUAAUACCAAAACCAUUGGGGUUUUUAUUAAAGAAGCCAUGAAUAAUCAACCCAACCAGAUAGUAGAAGGUUGUUGCUCAGAUAUGGCUGUUACUUUUAACGGACUGACGCCCAAUCAGAUGCACGUCAUGAUGUACGGGGUAUACCGACUAAGGGCAUUUGGGCAUGUUUUCAAUGAUGCCUUGGUUUUCUUACCUCCAAAUGGUUCUGACAAUGACUGAGAAGUGAGAUGAGAGUGUGUAGAUGAUCCCCGAAUAUGACACAUCUUGUCAUGAUUUGUAGUAAUGACUGCACGUCUAACAAAGCAGUUCACCUCCUUCCCUCCACCCCCCUUGGUUUGGUGGCACUGGCUUAAUUGCACAUUAAAAUUUGGUGGUACGUUUUGUAAAAUAGGGUGAGAGUGUUCCCUUAAAGCAUAUAUGAAAACAAAAUGUGGUGAAAGGUUCUAAGAGUAGGAAUUUUGCAAAUAACGGAUAUAUUUAUAAAUAUUAUAUUUAUGUGAUGAAUUCUAAUUACAAACAUUGAAAUCUGUGUGGUGUAUAUCUUCUUGCUGGUUGGUGAAUGAUUUUAACAUGUCUUUUUUGCUCCCAUAUGCACUGAAACCUCUACUUGUGAAUUCGUGAUUAAAACUUUUCACUGUG